UAUGCCUCCGAGAGACUCAUGGAAGACUUCCCUACAGCCUCAUGCAAGUCCUGCGUUAAAGUUUACCUGUGCUCCAAUCCAGGAGACUCGGUUCUGGAGCGGAAGACUCUGAGAGAAAGUGUGUUUCCCAGGCUGAGGGAGCACUGCAGACACACGCAUGGACUGGACUUCAAGGUGAUAGACCCACAUGAAAACAGUGACCCCAGAACCUGGCCCGACCAAUGGACCAGACAUAACCUACUCCAGGAGUGUAGAGGAAACUCUGCUGGACCCUACUUCGUGGCCCUGGUGGGGGAGGAGUAUGGUACUGCGUGUUUACCCGCACAGGUCGAGGUGGCAGAGUUCCACACGCUGCUUCAGGGGUGCCAGGUAGCGGGCAUCGAAACAUUGGCACUGGAGAGGGCUUACCUGAGGGAUGAGAACGCCACGCCCCCCUCUUUCUGUCUGCGGCGACGGUCACACAAUAAUGCACAGCUGCACACCGAAAAACAGGUCGGUGACAAGAGAAGACAACCAAAUGUAAAUGAGGAAGAGGACGAGGUAAAGAAGGUGUUGCGUGCUGCUGUCAUUCAGUGUGUUCAGGGGGGUCUCCUAACACCAGAGAGAGCCCAGGACUACUUCAGAUCAGCUCUCGACAUAGACCUGCGAUUUGCUCUGGAGAACUGUCCAAGACAUUACAACGACAAACGCUGUCUCGUCUACAUCAACAAAAUCUCCAGUGGGCAGGGCGAGAGUGAGGGCAUAAAUCAACCCCCUCUAAAGCUCUCACACCCUCAUUCACCAGUCCAGGCUUUGUGUAACAACAACUUCCUGUCCCAACUCUGCGAUGACUUCCUGCCCAGACUAGUGACUUCCUGUCAGCUCCUUGUGUACACAACAACUUCAGAAUGCGACCCCCGUCAUGGUUACACUCCCGCAAGGAGGAGGAGCUAUGUGGAAGGCCUCUGCCACCAACUUUACUCCGACAUCAUUGAUCUGAUUGGCAGCACUGUUACCUCGGGAGCAUCAGUGUCGCCGCCUUGCUCUGAUGACGUUUUGAAACGAGAGCAGGUCGAGCAAGAGGAACUUUGCACCAUCUAUUCCCGUCUCUACGAGGUCAGUCGCCCUGAGGAGGAAGAAGUCAGGGCUUACCUGGAGCAUAAGGACACACAGCGCCCGCUAGUGGUCAAGGGAGGGCCAUGCACUGGGAAAACUGUUCUCCUGGCCCAUUGCGCAAAACAGGUUAAGUGCUGGCUGAGCAACAAGGAUGCUGUAGUGAUCAUCCACUUUGGCUGCCUGUUAGUUAACUCCUCCCCCAAGCGGCUUCUCUCCAGGCUCUGUCGCCUGAUAGCCCACCAGUACAAUCACAAUCACAAGCCGUACCCUGACCCUAACCCUAGCCUCUCCCAGCUCAGACAGUACCUCUCCUCACUGAUCUCCCACCCCAACAAACGACCCCUGGUCCUCAUUCUGGAUGGCUUAGGCCAAGGAUCUUCCAUUUCCGGGUCACAAAUAAUCCAGUGUCUCCCUUCCCCUCUUCCUCCCAACGUCAAACUACUUCUGUCUGUCUCUCCCACCCAACACGGCACAAUUGAAGUCCUUAAACUCCAUUACCCAGAAUCCUCCACAGCUGAUUUCCUAGGGAGUUGUGUGAUUGUGGAUCUGGGGCCGGUGGAGAGGAGGGGAUGUGUGAGAAUGUUGGCCUCCCUCCAGGAAGAGUCUAGGAGGAAGGUGACAUCAGGGCAGCAAAGGCUGGUAAACCUAGCCCUGAGCUCCUGCCCUUUGACCCUAUACGCCCGCCUCCUGCAUAGACACACCUUGCUCUGGACCUCAGCAUCAGAAGUCACUGAGACAACCCUCCCCGUGGGUGUCCACCCCAGCAUCACCAUGUUCCUGGGUCACCUGGAGAAGAAACAUGGGUGGGCUCUGGUGUCCCGAGCCUUGAGCUACAUAACCAUCUCCAAGACUGGUCUCACUGAGACCGAGCUGUCAGACCUCCUGUCCAGCGAUGAUGAGGUGCUGGCUGGGUACAUACCAGUCGGGGAGCCCCCUCCCUUCAGGCUUAGGGUGCCUGAGGUGGAUGUGGAGAGGCUGUUGCUGGAUCUGAAGGGCUUCCUGGUGAAGAGGACUGUUGCAGGUUCUGAGGUGAUGUGUUGGCUCAGUAGACAUUUUGCUUUGGUGGUGGUUAAGAAGUACCUGAGCUCCUCUGAGAUGAGGGAGGAGAUGCAUUUACAGAUGGCUGAUUAUUUUAAUGGGCGUUGGUGCUUUGGCACAGCCAAACCUCUGAUAAUCAGCUGCAAGACAGGAACGGAGCAACCUGGGGCUGUCUCUGACACGGCCCAUAUGAAAAUAUACGUCGACAGGCAGCCUUCUGGUCAACCCUAUGUCUUUAACUCUGAACCCUCCUCCUCCUCUUUCUCAUCUCCCCCCCCCUCCACUGAGUGUAUGCGAGUCAAUCUACGGAAGCUUCUGGAACUGCCCUAUCACCUGAAGGAGUGCGGCAGUUGGGAGGAGCUAGUGAGAGGGCUGAUGAUGUCACUGGAGUUCCAUCUGGCCAUGCUGAGUGCGAGCCUCCUGGGGGAUCUGGUAAUCCUCCUGGAGGACGGGGAAGGGGAGGGGACGUGUCAACUUGUGUUCCCCAGGGAGAGGGCUCUUCUGGCAGGCAUGCUGAGGGACGCAGCCUGCCUCCUCAGGAGCUCCCCCACAGAGCUGCCAAUGGUGACGCAGGUCAGGCUUCUCCCCUACCUGGGGGUCUUUCAUGAGUUAGAGGGCUACGCUGAGGAGGUGGCAAAGGGGAUCAAGAGGAGGGGCAGUGGGUUAUGGGUGGUGCUCAGUCCUGCAGCCUCCAGUGUACCAUCGAGACAGUGCUCGUUACCAGAGGCAAGACAGUUUCCAGUCACCAAGGCAGCGGGGACAGUGGGCGGGACAGUGGGCGGGACUGUGGUGGUGACCCAGAGCAACGGGUCUGCUUGGGUGUGGAGGGGGGGGGGCGAGGCUCAGAAACUGAACCCGAGCUGUAAACCUGAGAUGAAGUUUGAGAGUGUCCUUUGCAGCGGGAGUCAUAUCCUCCUCGCGACUCGGUGUAACCGACUGCUCCUGUGGGACGCGAACGGGUCGGAGUGUUUUCGAGAAAUACACCAUGCGGAGAGACAGGUUGAAGGGUUCCUCCUGCGCGAUGACAGGAUGUGUGUGUGGUGGAAAGGUCUCAGCUACGUGAGUGCGGGUGAAGUUUCCACCAGCCAACCGCUCACCCAGUUGCAUUGCCAGCACACGGUGAGGAGUGUCUCGUUUCCUUCUAGUGGACAGUUUGUGUACUGUGGCCAGGAAAAAGGCACAUUGUCUAUAUUUGACCUGUCCGGAGGCUUUCUCACUGCGACCUGCUGCAGCCCAACAGAGCUAGCGAUCAUCUGUAUAGUUCUCAGUGAAGAUGAGGAGGAGUUGACCUGUGUUGACUUGAGAGGGAACAUAUUCUUAUGGGAAAUAGCAUCCAAAACUACUCCCAGACUCCUAAAGGAGUGUUGUUGUGAGAGCAGCCAUAUUGACAUCGCUAACACAGACCUGUCUGAGCGGAACGGUAUUUUGCUGCUGUGUAAAACUCAGGUGAUCGUUCUCUGGGACAUCUGGGACCAGGAACAGUGCGACCACUUCAUAGCUCCACGGGGGAAGGCCUUCUCACAGGCGCUUUUGGCCCAGGACGGACACCUCAUCGUGGCUUCGCUCGAGGCCUGUCCCUCUGUGCUGGUGUGGAGGAUAGAUACUGGUCAGUGUGUCCUCUCCUUAGACGGCGGCAAUCAGCUACUCUCACUUCUCAAAACGGAGUCGGCCCUGUCAGCAGUGGAACAAAAUGGCCGCCUCACCACGUGGGACUCGGAUGUUAUAUACGCUUCAGCUAUGGUCCCUAAAAUGGGAUCAGGGUUAAGGCAGGUGGUCCUGGAGGGAACAGGAGAACGCUUCUACACAACUGAUGGUUCGGAGACUUUAUGGAGGUGGAGCUUACAGACCGGGAGUCCUGAGGCUCAUUUCCUGCAUGACGAACCCGUGGAGAAGCUGUGCCUCUCUCCCGACGGCAGCCACCUGCUCAGCCUAUCGGGGCAGGACAUUUACGUAUGGCGAAGCGACACGGGACAAAACCUCCACCGUAUCCGAGGAGGAGGCGCAAAGGAAAUCCUGGUGACCCGUAACGGUCGCCUCGGGGUGUGUGUGUCUCGGAAUGGCCCGUCCAGGGUGUGGAAUCUGGCCAGCGGAGGCGUGGUCUGUCACAUUCACUUGUGCCUGGCCAACGCCCAGGUGUCAUCCGAGAACACCUUCCUGCUAGGUCUUCGUCACGGCGACCUGCUGGCCGUCAGCCUGUGGUCCGGUACCGUAAGCAAGUGCUUCUCCUGCUCGGAACGCUAUGAACGCUCUCCGGUCCUGGCCUUCCGGACCCUUCCGGAACAUCCCGACUUUGCAAUCGUAAUCGUUGCCUCUGGGUCUGUUUACACGUGGCGGGUGACUGAGGAGACGGUUUGCCGGCAGUUCCUCCUCCCCGAUGCGCUCCUCUGCCAGCCGUGGGUCUUCCGAACGUCCUCCGACGGGAGCUUCGCCGUGCUGUCCGUCAACGAGGACGUGGUCACUCUGCUAGACCUGUCACACGCCAGGUUGUGUAGAGUGAGAGCAGAGGGUCCGGUCCUCAAAGUGUGCCUGGAUGACUCCGGAUGCUAUGUUGUCUACAUCUGCUGGCCGGCUGCCCGGGCUAACGGAUGUGCCUGCGACCUGCACACUAAGCCGGUGCUUGCAGUGGUACGUCUGGCAGAUGGCAGUCGAGUGGCGAGGUUGAGUCUGGGUAAAAGCCCCUCUGCUCUGGCCAUCAGUGAGGGGCUGUGUGUGUACGUGGGCUUCCGGGACGGGUCUGUGGGCGUGUACGCUAUCUAUGACGUCACGGGAAGGGGAGGGGCUGUCAGGGGACGCAUCAACAGGAUUGGUCGGGCGAGGCCAUGCCAAUGUGACAGUGAGCCAAUCCAGUGGUUUCCCCUGGGAACACCCAGCGUGACGUGGGAGAUGACAGGACAGAUGUAGACACAACUUGUCUCUGUGAAUUGGUUGGCCAAUUUCUUUCUGUUUCUAAACUGUUUCUUGUAGUUGGUAAAUUGAUUAAUAAAUGUAAUUUAUAUUUAAAAAAUGAUGUGUAUGUAGCAGAAAUCAGCUGACCUUUUGAUAUGAAACUAAUUUACAGAGGUAAUCUUUGUUGGCAUAAACCCCAUAUUAAA